UCUGAUCGGGAUAAUUGGUGUUCCCGCCUCUCGGACGGCGUCUAAUCGUCUACUUCUACAGAGAGACGCGUGUUAUAGUUCUUUUCUCUGGAGUAUUUAGCAAAUAGUUUACGAUAAACAAUUUUAAUCUUUUUAACUUGAUAAAAUAAUGGCAAAAUUAAAAAAAACUGUGCAGGACGUACAAACGCCUGCUGUACCAAGUACGAAAACGUCCAUCAUGAAGAAACGAAGAAAUCGAAGAAAAAAGAAAGCUAAUAUACAAUUAUUGAAUAAUAUAGAUAAAAAUAACUUUAAGAAACUUGCAUCCAAUGAAAUAGCAAAGAAUAUAUUUACAAAUACGCAAAAUAGUAAAAGGAAAAAAUCGCAUAGUUCUAAGAAUAAACUUGAUGCAAAAUAUACAAAAAAUUUUGAUACUCCAACAAAAUAUCCAAAGAAUAAUGAAAAUAACUUAAAGAAACUAAAUACAGUAAAUACAUCUAACACUAUAGCCAAGGAUACAUUUACAAAUAUGCAAAGUAACAAAAGAAAAAAAUCACAUAAUUCUAAAAAUAAACUUGAUGCAAAAUAUACAGAAAGUUCAGGUUCUCUAACCAAAUAUUCAAAGGAUAAUAAAAAUAUAAAGAAACUAAGUGCAUCUAAUGAAAUAGCAAAGGAUGUAUUUACAAAUAUGCAAAAAAGUAAAAAGAAAAACCUACGUAAUUCUAAAAAUGAACUUGAUGCAACAAAAUAUACAGAAAACUCAAAUGCUCCAACGAAAUAUACAAAGGAUGAUGAAACAAAAAUAUCAAAAAUGUCUCAAAAAGUACAAAAUAAUUCAAAUAUUAAAAUAAAAUAUGAGAAAAAUAAAAAACGAAAACAGGUCAUGAAUCUUAAUCGUACAAAUAAGGAUACUGUAAGAGAUAAUGAUGAAGACGUUGAAGACGAUGAAGACGAUUCUUCAGAAGAUAAUGGAAGCAAAAGUAUUAAAAAAAAAGAAGAAAAACUUAAAAAGUUACAAAUGGAGGUAAAAAAUCUUAAGUUUAUGAUGAAAAAAUUAAUUGAAGGACCGAACGAAAAUGAAUUGAACAAUGCAGAGAAUAUGAAACAGAUGUCAACUAAAGUAGAAACACAGCAGAUACAAUCUGAUAUAUUAAAGCUGGACAAAUAUAAAAUAAAUAUCAAAUAUUUAAAAAAAAUGCUCGAAAAUAAGUCGCAAGUAACGAAAGUUGCACAAUCUACUCUAAGAGAUAAAAAAUCUACUUUGAGAGAUAGAAUGCAAAUGCAGUUAAGAGCAUCCAGAUUCAGGUUUAUAAAUGAGACAUUGUACAAUAAUGACAGUUUACAAUCUAAACAUUAUUUUCAAAAAGAUCCUGAUAGUUUUAUGGCUUAUCAUGCAGGAUAUAAACAGCAAAUUGAACAAUGGCCGAUAAAUCCACUGGAUGUUAUAAUAUCAUCAAUUAAAAACUUACCAACGAACAAUGUAAUCGCUGAUUUUGGAUGUGGUGAAGCCCGCCUUGCAGCUUCUGUUCCUCAUACAGUACAUUCAUUUGAUUUCAUUGCUUUAAAUGACAAAGUGAAAGCUUGUGACAUGGCUCAUACUCCAUUAUUAAUGAACAGCGUCCACGUUGUCGUGUUUUGUCUUUCCUUAAUGGGAUCUAAUCUUAAUGAUUAUAUAAUAGAAGCUAACAGAGUUCUUAAAAAUAAUGGGAUCUUAAAAAUAGCCGAAGUCGAAAGCAGAUUCGAGGAUGUAAAAGAUUUUAUAAGACUACUACGCCAUUAUGGUUUUAAAAAUACAUGGAAAGACUUGUCUCAUAAUCUGUUUCAUUUUAUGGAUUUUAAGAAAAACGAAGAUAUAAGCAUGAAAAGAAAAAAUCUUCCUGCAAUUACGUUGAAAUCAUGUAUAUAUAAGAAGCGAUAA